UCUAUGGACCGAGAGUAGGCCUACUACUAGUACACAUGCGUGGCUAUGUUGUUUGUCACAAUCUGAUCUAUGGACUGAAUACACAGGGCUGUCAACGUUGGUUGUUAUGUUAGGUCAUGGUCUUGCGCAUAGCUGAAAGCGAAGCAUCGCAGACAGAAACUGCUAUGGCCUUCGUUUGACUUUGACCAUGGAGGAAGGAAUUGACGCGCUUCCUGAGCAAUGUCGGACCACAUUGCGCAUUGACUGAGCACAUUGUUCACCUGCUGUUUGUUGAAUAUCACACAAACGCAUUAUAACAUACAAGUGUACAACUCAACAUGGCUGAGCUAGCUUCCAUUCUGAGUCUUGGUUUGGUUGCUGCAUUGACGUAUGCAGUCUGUGUCUUGGUGCGUUAUGUUCAAUCGAAGCGCAGAAUUCGAGGAAUUUUAAUAAAACACUGGCCGGGACUUCCAGACCACUGGCUUUACGGUAAUCUUCACCAGAACCCGAUGAGAGAUCCAAAGAUACGAGCAGCCGGUUCCGAGGAAGGGUUGAGAGUUUGGCGGGAAAUGACUGUUAAAUUCCCGCGUGGCUACCGCUGGUUCCACGGAGCUCUAGGCAUGGGUGUGGUGGCCAACCAUCCCGAUAUAAUGCGGGCAGUUAUGAAGGGAAGCGAUCCGAAGCCUUUCUUGAAAUUUAUGCCUAGCUACAGUUUUCUUCUGCCUUGGCUGGGCUAUGGUCUGCUUCUUGCUAGUGGAGAUACCUGGUUUCGCAAUCGCCGCCUCAUUACCCACGCAUUCCACUUUGAGAUCCUCAAGACCUACAUGACAAUCUACAACAAAGCUACCGACAUCUUGCUGAACAAGAUGAGUGAAUGUGCAGCAAGUGGUGAGAGUUUUGUGGUGACAAAGAACGUCAGUCUGUGUACGUUGGAUAUCUUGCUCAAGUGCGCUUGUUCUUAUGAAUCCGGCUGCCAAAUAAGCGGAGACAGUCACCCGUACGUUACUGCGGUGAAUGCAAUCAUCCUCGCCAACAGAGAUCGUGUUUUCACUCCUUAUCUUUAUCCAGAUUUUAUAUUCCAGAGGAGUUCAGUAGGAAAGAUUUUCGCCAAAAAUGUGGAAUUUGUGCAUCAGAUCUCUGCUGAGGUUAUCAAAAAACGGCGAGACAAACUCAGAGAGAAAGAGACUGAUCCGGAGCCCGCGAAAUCUAAAGACCAGCCCCAAGAUUUCUUGGGCAUCUUGCUAGCUGCUCGAGACGAAGACGGCAAGGGACUGACGGAUCUAGAGAUCCGUAACGAGGUGGACACUUUUCUCUUCGAGGGUCACGACACCACGGCUAGCAGCCUGACCUGGAUGCUGUAUGCCAUGGCAACCAACCCUGAACAUCAGAGGAAAGUCCAGGAGGAAAUUGAUGAAGUGAUGGAAGGCAGGGAAUCAGAGGUAAUUCAAUGGGAGGACCUUGGCAAGUUCAACUACUUGAUUCUGUGUCUCAAGGAAGCCAUGCGACUCUACCCUCCAGUACCUCUGAUCCAGCGUAUUGUUGCAGAGAAAGACAUCAUGGUCCACGACAGGUUGAUUCCUAAAGGCGCAAUGGUAGACCUGAAUAUUUAUGCUCUGCACCACAAUCCAGAGAUUUGGCCGAAUUCCAUGGAGUUCAUUCCAGAUCGUUUCGCGCCAGAAAAUGCUGUGGACAUUGAUCCAUUCGCCUACGUACCAUUUUCGGCAGGCCCAAGGAACUGCAUUGGACAGAACUUUGCCCUGAAUGAGGAGAAGGUGAUACUAGCUCGAGUUCUGAGAAGAUUUCACAUCGAGUUGGAUCCCGAUCACAAAGUGGUUGCCAGAUUGCAGUUGGUUUACAAGGCAACCAACGAUAUCAAGCUUAAACUGAAACCUAGGUUUUAAGUAUAAAUAUUAAUAACCAUUGCUCAGUGUUUAAAGUCAUAUAUGAUCAUUCAUGCAUUUUGUUCGUUUCCAAUAAUAAUAAUACCACUCAAAAAUCCAAAGAAGAAUGUUCAAAACCUAACCUGUUUCAGCUCAGUGGAUAUUACACUUAACAAGAAAACUGUUAAAAUCAUGUACAAGUUUUUGGUAAUGAAACACGAUUUCGUCAAUAUGGCAUUCUUAACUCUUAAAAUCAGUCAAUUGACCGAUUGUUAAAAAUCACCUACAUUUCUUGAUUUCUUUUCAAUGACAGCAAGCCAGACGAAAUAAUUUCACGGGGUGUUUAGGACCAGUACGAUCUUUAAUCCAAGUAAGCUUUCUGAUACUAAUUCGGUAGGCUACUUGUGGAAUAAAUGCAAAUGAUCCUAUGUGCCUUGAGUGGCUUUA